AGGCUGCUGAUAGCGCCCUUUUGUUUCGUUCUUAGACAAGAGGGAGCCUUUUUUAACUUCGUUCCCAUAUUAUCCCACACAGAAACUACAGGUAGAUUACUUUGUUUAGAAUUAUCAGCGUCUACUUGCGCCACUCUGUUUCCUCCACUGUAGCAGCAGCAGUACCCCUGCGCAGCAGUAGUUUUCCAUACCACUACUCGAGUAAGAAAAAAAAACACGAAACUGCAACACUAGAAGUACCAGCUUUGCUUUCACCAAAAAAUUGUCCUCCUCGUAUUGAAACUACAAAGCACAACACCGGUUGGAGCCUAGAUAGAUCGGUUGCGUUCAACUUCAAGCGCAAAGAUGGACGAGGCCAGCAAGCUUUCCCCGGGGAAGACGGAGUCCACCGCGGUGCCCUCUCCCUCGACGAAGGGCGGCUCCCCCGAAAAGGCUUCGGAAGAAGAAGUGCGGGCAAGGCUGUUCAAGGUACAAAGAGUUUUUUUUUUAUCCCAGUAGCAUGCUUGCCAAAUAACAAAGAAAUAAGGUUGUUGAUCAAUUGUCGCUUCUAAGUAAACUGAUGACUCGUCAAUCGUGGAUUCUCUGCAUCGUUGGAUAUUAAUUAAGAAUUUUAGACUUGAUCAUGAAAAAAACACCAGGGCCUCGGACGCGACCUCCUUUUGUCGAUCAAAGAAGGCUAUCGAAUGCAAAUAUUUUCGUUUUGGUUUUGGGUCUGCCAGAAACCCGUAAAAGUAGUAAUUUGAAUAAAAGUUAACCCACUUGCACGACCCCCGCACGACACGCUGCAGGUUUUUUUUUUGUAGCCGAUAUUAUACGAUGCAGCUCCACUCCUGCGCGGUCACUAGGCAUGAAUAGAUUUUAUCGGAGCCGGGGUUGUCAUCUCAAAGCCCAGCUGCUGAACACUACAUAUUGAUCUCGUCUCGACCCAGAAGAUCGACGUGUAUUUGCAAUCCAUAAGGGCGACAUGCACAAGGCGCAAGGGCUAUCCUGAGUAAAAACGUACCCACACCAUAGUCAAGAUGGGGAAUCGGCUAGACAAAUCCACAAGUUUUGGCUGUUUUGCAUGACAAAUUUGGAUUCGUAGUGUAGUGCUGUUUGAGCUAGCUCAGCAGCAUCACAGAUCUAGCAUACCAUGCUGAUUGGAGCAUGACAAAUUGCAAAACACGACUAGAAAAUGCUUCUCAUGGGGCUCCGCAUGAGAAACGUUUUCAGGAUGCAGAUUUGCAUGACAACUCUGGUGUGGGUACGUUUUUACUCAGGAUAAGGGCUGAUCAUGGGCGGUGUGGAACUGGAUGCCCGGGAGCCGGUGACCGGGCGUAUCAAAUGCAAAAAUGUCUGGGUCUGGGAGGAUGGAACUUGUGAUGCUGUCUGUAGAUUCCAAAAAAGUCUGUAUUGCAUGACCAGCAAAAGGAGUCCACAUUGUCCUACGCGGAGAGGGCAUCUCUCAUGCGGAAUACGCACCAGAAAGCCCUCUCAAAAUCAGUGAUGCUAGGCCAUGCAUUACAGGCAUGAUGCGUCAUGCAAAAUAUGCAUCACAAACCUCGCACUCUUCCAGACCCCGACAUAUUUGCAUUUGAUAGAGCGCACCGCUUUGCAUCUCGCCGUGCAGAUAUCAGGGGAAAAACAAGUUUUGUUUCAGUGCAACAACGUGACUGAUCGACAUCAAAGCGCCGUCUACAUCAAAACCCAUAGAAGAAGCAGAUCCGCGGCCAUUUUUUCUGUCAGAAUCUUCACGUUUAACAAACACAAACUUCUAGGGUAGAAUAUGUGCUGUCGUGCUUUCUAUGAUCUGCGAGAAAGCACAGAAUUAAAGUUGUAAGGUCUUGCACUGAGUAGAACAUGCUUGUUUUUCUGUCGAUACCAAAAGACCGCCAUGGGGGUCGUGAAGCUGCUCGUGCAACACAAGAUUGACGUGAACGCGGUGGACCGCAUCGGUGAGGUCACAGCCCUGCACGUCGCUGCGCACCGCUAUGCCAAAGAAAAAAGCUAGCCUAGCAGUAUGAUCGUUUGAUUUGGGAAGCAAAACAAAGCGAUAUAGGCCGUGUGAAAUUUUUAAACUCUGUCAUGGGCCGCGAGCUGUCUAGGGCAUUGCAGUGUUCUUGGAACUGGGCAGGAGAAAAUGACACAAGCUUUUUUUUGCAGCAAGUGCAAGUGAUGUUUUCGCAUGACAAAUUCGACAUGUGCAGUCGGCUAUGCAUGACAAAUUCGAGAUGCUAGCUUCAAUUUUCUGUUGGAUAAUUAAGGGCAGAUGGUGAUGCUGAAGCACUUGCUGGCCGCGAAGGCGAAUUUGAACCUGGUCGGCGUGGAGGGCGACACUCCGUUGUCGCGGGCGGUAUGACAGUGCACAACUCCCCCGCGUUCCCAUUUGUCAUGCAGAAUACCAAAUCCACGCUUUCCCUCCUGUCACUAUGAUGCAUGACAAGUUCUGCUAGCCCAAAUAGCACUACAAUCCAGCUCAAAUUUGUCAUGCAAAACCAGCAUUCUUGCUGAUGCUUGUAUAACCGUUCAUGCUAUAGAAAUGAGGGGGAGGGGUAGUUGUGCACUGUCAUAGGCGGCUACGCAGGGCCACUUAAAGGUGCUCGACUCGCUUAUCUCUAAUGGGGCCAUCUGCGACCUGAAGCAGCGGCAAAGCAUCAACGAGUGGCAGCAGGCCGAGAUCGAGAUGAAGCAGCUGGCCCUCCAGCAAAGCACGACGGCCUCGGGGUCGCAGCGCGGGCGGAGCCCCAUAUGAUGGUGAACAACUCGCUCCCACUUGUUCUUCCCUUGACUUGAAUAAACGCAUAAUGUCUACUUGCAGCAACAGAAGCAACGCCAUCGCCAAAAAACAAGUAUAGCUUCUGCAUGACAUUCACAAUAUCGAACGAAUUCUGACAGUGAUUCAUUAAUCACAGUUCAAUAUUCGGGAGGUUCAUCCUGGUCCGAAAUUUGUUUAUGUCGGCAGUGUUUAUUUCUGCAGGCGAGAAACCGGAUUUGGUACUUCUGUUGCAUUUACAUUUGAGCGGAAAUUGAAAUUGUAGUAGGGCAAGAUGUUUACUGUCAUACUCCACGCGCAGUAUGCAGGGCCAUGGCGACCGCGCUUUCCAACCCGCAGUUCGGGACCGCCGGGAGCCGGUGUCUGCGCUAGUGAAUAUGGAUUGCAAAAAUAUCUGGGUCUGGAAACUUGUGAUGCUAAAAUGUGGAUGAUGGAAACACACCCGAAUGCAACCCAGCAUGACAACUUUCCAAGACGCUUUCCCAUAGGCAAUCCGCAUGAGGAACUGCGUUUUUGCAUGUACAAAAGAGGCUCCGACUUUUGUUGGUUAUGCAAUACAGAUUUUCUAGGUAUGGAAAGCUAGCAUUACAAGUUCCACCCUUCCAGACCCAGACAUUUUUGCAAUCCAUAGUGAAGGCCGUGAAGCGAAACUGCGGCAUUCCGGUGGUUAAAACGCUGCUAGAGAUAUCCAACGAGAAAAAACUGUGUUCGUGCCACUUGCUUGAUACAAUGGACGAAAAGCAUGACAAAUUCACUCUGCGUGACAGACUUGAAGACGUGUCAUGCCUUGCCAGCACGUGCAUUUGAAAAGGAAACAAACACUCAGCUCGGAAAAAUCAAUAGGUGCGCAAGUACCUAAUCACCUGAGAACGGCCCUGGCCUCGCAUGAGAACAAAUCUAACUGUCUUGCAUGGGGUCGUGCAACUACUUACACGACGAGCUUACACUAAACAGAGUUUUUUCCCCUGGACAGGACAUCGGGUGCGACUCCAAUCGGACGGAUGAAAAGAUGAACCGACCACUCCACGUUGCGGCCCACUACGGAAACGCGAACACGUGCCGGCUCUUGCUCCAUGCGAAGGCUGCGGUGAACGUCGGUAACCACCUGGGCCGCACGCCCCUGCACUUCGCGGCGCGUUCUGGCCACGCCCGAAUCUUCCGCAUGUUGCUCGACUACAAGGCCGAAAUUAACGCCGAGGACCGCUUUGGGCAGACGCCACUCACCCUGUGCUGCGACACGAUGAUGUAUCCACAGUAAUUUUCAAUUUGCAUCACUACACUGUGACAAAUUUUUGCACUUUUGCAUAAAGAGAAAGUUCACCUCCUGCCAGCACUACUCAAGUACUUUCAUCCUACAACUCAGCACUUAACAUUUAGAAGCACUGCAGGGUUUUGAUGAAGAUGUUAUGUUCAUCUUUCGGAAGCAGAAGUUCUAGUACAUGCACCGUGCACUGACUUGUCCUUGUGUGGUAAAUUUGUACUUGCAUAAGACGCAGAAGCUGGUGAAGGACAACGGUGGUACCCCCGGAUACUCCGACGAACACAACGAUGUUUCGCCACCGGUUUCGCCCGCGCGGUCCCUGUCCCCCGCACGGAGCCCGAGCCCGGACACCGCGCCGCGAUUCAACCCGGCCGGCGCCAGUGCCGGCAGCCAACCCGGCUCCCCCGCCACAAAACGGUCCCAGGCCAACAAGUUGCAGGGCUCCCCGGCCUUCUUCCAAGAGCGACACUAGUGGCGAAGGGUUGUCGACAUAUGAUAAAAAGGGAAAAGUUUUUGUUUGGGUAGAACGAUCAGCAUGUAUACGCAAAACAUGAAACAAAUCCUAAGCUGCCAAGUGUAUCCAACAUUCGCAUAUAGCAUAUCCUGUUUUAACAACUAUUCACUCACUUACAAUUUCUUGUAACAUCGGGACCACAUGUGCAUAAAAACAUGCGGCACAGACCCAGUCGAAAGUUAGCAAAAGCAUAUCCUGUUUUCAACUCACUCUUCUUACAAAUUCUAAUCAGCAACCAUGGGCAUAUCCUGCAAUCAAAUCUACAGUAAAAACUUCUAAAACACUCAGCAAAAAGAAGCUAUUUCUAUUUUAGAGUUUUAUACAUAAUAGCAUCGCUGGAUACUGCUUUUGCAGUGGCAGCAGCCUAUUUUUCUACCCUGUGGAGGUUCCGCUCGCUGAAAUUUGAGUCGGGACAAAAAAUCUACCCUCUAAAAACAAUCAAGCAAAAAUCCGGUUCUGGCGCUCUGUUCACAGUAAUAAACCACUGUGAUAGAAGAAGAUGACAACAAAACCGCGUUUCUUUUGUAGCCCACUCCAGCCGCGAUACCCUCGCGACGGAGGGGGCGAUUCAUUUUUGGGAAAACAUGAAAACAUAAACAGCAUAUAACAUCGCAAUUUUAUCACGACCCUGCUUUGGGAACAUGAAAACAUACUGGCAACAAAAU